GGCGGCGGGGCAGACGGCGCACGCCGGGGGCGGAGCCGGACCCACGUCUGCGUGACAGUUGUCGCGGGGGGGAGGGCGAGCCCAGACUAGGGGGAGGGAGUGUAAAUAGAGCGAAGGCGGCGGCGCGUCGAUCCCGUCACCUCUCGGGCGACCCGCGAGAAGCCGCGGAGGGAGAUGGAAGAAGAUGAGCAAGAGCAGCGGCGCAGAAAGGUGGAGGCCGGGAGAGCGAAGCUUGCUCACUUCCGACAGAGAAAAACAAAAGGUGACUGUGCGCAUCCGAAGAAAAAGACGGCGAAGAGGAAGGGCCCGGCUGUCGAUGCGCCUGUCCAGGAGGAGAGCCCGGUAGCCACCGAGGAUGGUGGACUCCUGGGAAGAGGGGACGUUUGCAAAGACGAGUCAUGCGGUGACACCCCUGAUGGGGCAGGAGCAGCGCAGGACUGUGAGCAAGAAUAUAAACUAGAAAUUGCGGAACUGAUGAGAAGACAGAAGGAUGAGGUCGGCGCACAGCAGCAGGUGGCCGUGGAGCCCCAGCGGCCGACAGAGAUGCAGCAGGUGCGGCUGCAGGCCCAGCCGGUGCCUUCCCUGGAGCUGGAGGCGCUGCGCCUGAGUCUGAGCAACAUGCACACGGUGCAGCUGGAGCUGACCCAGGCCAACCUCCAGAAGGAGAAGGAGACGGCGCUGACGGAGCUGCGGGCCAUGCUGAACGGUCGGCAUGCCCAGGAGCUGGCCCUGCUGCGGAGCAGGCAGCAGCAGGAGCUCGAGCUGACCAGGGGGCAGCACGCGCGGGAGCGGGAGGAGACGGUGCAGCGCUGCAGCCGGGAGACAGCCGAGCUGAAGGAGAAAUUACAGGCAGAAAUGGAGAAGAACGCGAGGACGAUAGAGAACCUGAAGCAAGACUGGGAAUCGGAGAGGGGUUUAUGCUUAGAAAACCUACGCAGAGAAUUGUCUGCAAAGCAUCGGUUGGAAUUGGAGAAUUUACAAGACCAGUUUAAGAAAGAAUUGGCCGAACAGAAAGCUGAAUUGGAGAAGAUUUUUCAAGCCAAAACUCAGGCCGAAUGUGCCCUGAGGACUCUGGAGACCCAACAGGAAGCAGCCCUGCAACAGUUACGCGAAGACCUGCAAUCUGAGCGCGGUCAGUACGUGCGGGACUUGGAGCAGAGACUCCGAGACCAGGAGGCAGAAAAACAGCUGGAGUUAGAGAGCCUCCGGGCGUCCUACUCAGAGCUGAAGGCUCAGUCGCAAGAAGAGAUCCGGCGCCUGUGGUCUCAGCUCGAGUCUCCGACACCUGACAGACAGGACUCGAGUGAGUUCCACGACCAGCUCCCGGCCCUCACGCCUCACGGGGAAGAGCUAGAGCGCCUAAGGCGAGACUUCCAGCAGCAGCGGCAGCGAGAGAAGGCCGAGCACGAGUCUGAGCUGGAGCAGUUGAGAAUUUACUUUGAGAAGAAAUUAGAGGAGGCUGAGAAAAGCUACCAAGAAGACCUGAUUGUGUUACAGCGGCGGCUGCAGGAGGUGAAUGAAGAGUCUCUUCUGGAGUCUGUGGAAAUCAGUCCACCCAGUGUGUGUUUAGAAGGGAGGUCUGAGAAAGGAAGAAGAGAACACUGCGACGGACUCCGCCUUCAGCCUGAGUUAGAAGAAAACCACCGGUGCCAGCCAGCAGCGUUGAAGUCCUCCCUGGAAGCCCGGCGGGAGGUGGGCCUCGUAGGGACCCAAGUGUUGGAAGGGGAGCAACGUGUGGGUCUCUCAGAAGGGCCCGGCGAAGAGCUUGCUCUGGUGCCGCUCCCGUGUGCACAGGACACGGCCUUGCAGGUGGAGACAGAGGUGACGGCCAGAGUCUUGGGUUUGGAAACUGAGCACAGGCUUAAACUCUCACUUCUUCAGACGGAGCUCAGGGAAGAAAUUGACGUCUUAAAACUAGAAAAUAGAAAUUUACGUGAGAAGUUGCAGCACGAAAUCUGCCUGAAAGAGGACUUGGAGAGGGUAAAAUAUAACUUGGUUGAAGAUCACCAGGAGGAGCUGAAGAAAGCUAAGGAGAAAUUACAGCUGAUGAAGCAAGAAUUCAAAGACAAAGAAGCAGAAUGGAAAGUGGCGAGUGAGAAUCUAAAGAGAAAAGCUGAAGAGGAACUCGCGCCGAUGCUCCUUGACCUGAAAGAACAAGCUGAAGCUGAAAAGCAGUCAAUAAUAAACAAGUUUGAGCUUCGAGAAAUCAAAAUGAGGCAACUUCAGGAUCAGCAGGCAGCCCAGAUCCUGGACCUGGAGGGGUCCCUGGUGGAGCAGCAGGGCCGGCUCCGGCAGCUGGAGCUCGGGCUUGCAGGGGACGAGUGUCCACAGUGCAGCCAGUGUGGCCGGGAGCCAGGUGGCCGUCUGGCUCCUGCAGACCAGGCCUGGGAGCUUGCCGCACUCCGCCUGAAGGAGGACUGUGCCCUCCAGCUGAUGCAGGCACAGAACAGGUUUUUAAAAGAACGUAAAGAAAUCACAGAGAAAUUCACUGCGGAACAGGAUGCCGUCCUUCGGGAGGCCCAGGAGAAGCACACCUGUGAGCUGCGUCUCCUCCAGGAGAGACACCAACAGCACAUUCUGUCCUUGACGGCGGAACUGGAGGCCAGGCACCGGGCUGAGGUAGAGGAGCUGAAGGCCUCGGUGGAGAGUGAGCAGUGGGCUCUUUCAGAAGCCCGUGUGGCUGAACUGCAGACACAGCAUGCUGCGGCGGUCAGUGCUUUGGAGGCAAGACACUCGUCACACCUGGAUUCUCUGGAAUCACGUCACCUGUCUGAGAUGCAGACCAUGCGGGAGGAGCACAGGUGGGCUCUAGAGCAGCUGAGAGCGGACCUGGAGAAGCAGCUGCAGAAGAAGGAUGCUUCUCACCCCACCGCUCUGACUCAGGAGCUACACAGGCAGGCACUGAAACAUGGCCAGGAGCUUCCGCCUGCAGUGGACGGCCUGAGGAUGCAGAGGAGCGGGAAUCAGGGUGAGGGUGUGAAAGCCCUGGUGCCCCCUGAGCUUCCGGGAGUGCAGCAGGGUGAAUUUGAAAGUGAAAAGAAGAAAGUUGCUUUGCAUGAAAAGGAGGAGAUACAUAGGCUGGAGUAUGAGCAAGCACAGUCUCUUUACCAAAAAGAGAAAGAGUCUUUGUUUCUGCAGCUUCAGGAGAAGAAUAACCAAAUUCUGCAGCUGAAAGACAAAAUUUUAUCCUUAAGUCACGAGGUAGAAGAGCGCCAUUCUGAACUGGAGAAGCUACAGCAAAGGCGUGACAGGGAAAACCAGGAAGGCACAAAUCUCAUCUCGAUGCUCAAGUCCGACAUUGACCUGUCUGACCGCGAAAGGAGGGCGCUCCGAGAUGCUCUGCGGAGGCUGCUCAGUUUAUUUGGAGAAAUGCUGAAGGCUGCCAUCACCCUGAAGAGCCGGAUCGGUGAGCGCGUGGGGCUCUGUCUGGAGGAUGAGGGCCUACCUGAUGCGCGGCCCAGUGGCCAGGCCCUGUUUGCAGUACCAGUGCUUGAUGAGACGUGGCCUGGGUCCGAGGCAGCCCUGCUGGAGCUGGACAAAACUUUGUCUGAAUGUGUGGAGAUGUCUUCAGACGCUGAAAUUAGCAGUCACAUCUGUGAAAGCUUUUUCAUGAGCCCAGAAAGUUCGCUGGAGUGUGAGCAGCCAAUUAGGAGAAUUUACCGGAGCCUUGGCCUGGCGGUAGAUGGCCUGCUGGAGCUGGCUCUGGACUCCACCAGGCAGCUGGAGGAAGCACGUCAGAUUCAUUCUCGUUUUGAGAAGGAAUUUAGCUGUAAGAACGAGGAGACCGCGCAGGUCGUUAGAAAGCACCAGGAGUUACUGGAGCGCCUGGAUGAGGAGAACGCGGCCCGCACGCGGCUGACGCUGGAGCUGCACCAGGCGCAGGGCAUCAUCGAGGGGCUCAAGGUGGAGAAGGCCAGCCUGCAGGAGGCUCUGGGCCAGAAGGAGACGGCCGAGCAGGGCCUCGCUGUGGAGCUGGAGAGCCUGAGGCAGCAGCUGCAGCGGGCGACCCAGCAGCAGGCAGAGCUGAAGGAGGAGAACUCCGCCCUGUGGACCCAAAAGGAGGCCUUGGCCGCAGAAGCGGAAGAGAGAGAAGCUGCUCUCCAUAGGGAAGUGGAAUGUCUAACCCAGGAGCAGUUGGAGGCCAGGAAGCAGUCCGAGAGAGACCGCGCUGCUCUGCUUUCCCAGAUGAAGGUUUUCGAGGCUGAGCUGGAGGAGCAGCUGUCCCGGCAUGAAGCGUGUGCCAAGCAGGCUGAGGAGCUCUCUUCGCUGAAGCAGCAGAUGGUGGCUCUGGACAAGCACUUGAGGAACCAACGCCAGUUCAUGGACGAGCAGGCUGUUGACAGGGAACACGAGCGGGAAGAGUUCCAGCGGGAGAUCCAGAGGCUGGAGGAGCAGCUCCGACAGGCGGCUCGGCCACGGCCCCGGGGCCCCUGCGUCAGCGAUCAGGAGCCGCUGUAUGAGCAGGUUGAAUUGUUACAAGAACAGUUGAGAGAGAAAUCAGAUGGGUUUAAUGAGUUGGUUAUAAAGAAAGAGUUGGCGGACAGACAAAUGUUAAUCCAGGAAGAGGAAAUCAAACGUCUGGAGGAGACAAAUGUGAGCUGCAGAAGAGAGGCGGCCCAGCUGCGGGAGGAGCUGGAGAAGCAGAAGGACACUGUGAAAGCGUUGCAGCAGGAUAAAGAGGCAUUACGGGAGCAGCAGAUGAGUAACUUGCUGCUGGUGUCCACGCUGCAGUCUCAACUCGAUGAGGGCAGAUGCCCUGUGCCUCCUGCAGGCAGCUGUCCUGAGGGCCCGGAAGCCCGGCUGGAGGCGGCACAGAGGGCGCUCCAGCAGCGGGACAGCGAGGUUUUGGACUUAAAAGAACAAUUAGGAAAGAUUAAAGAUGACUUAGUAAGUAAGAGCGACGAAGUGCUGCAUCUGAACUUGAAAUUAGACGCAGAGAGCAGCCGUGCUGCCGUCAGAGUGCGGGAACUUCAAGAGGAGAACGCCAGCUUGAAGGUCCCGUGUGACAGAAGCUCAGAGAUCGAGGAGCUGAGAUCCAUCAUUGAGAACUUGCGAGACAACCAGCAACGCCUGCAGAGAGAGAAGGCAGAGGAGGUGGAGCAGCUCCACGAAGUCAUCGAGAGGCUGCAGAGAGAGCUCUCGCGUGGGGAGCCCGCGGUGCACGGGGCCGAGGUUAGCGGGCUGCUGGGCAACCCCGCCGUGGGGGCCGAGGCAUGGGUGGCGGCGGCGGGGGCGGUGGGUCAGCGGCUCCCCCUGGAGGCCCUGCCGCAGCACUUGCGGGCUGCGGAGGAGGGGGCCGAGCUGGAGUGCAGCGUGGCCCUCCGGGAGGCUGAGGUCCAGGGCUUGGCUUCCCAGAUCCACGCCUUCAGAGCUGCCCUACAGGCAAAGGAGGCCAAGGUCGCAGAAAGGGACUUAGCGAGUGACGCUCUGAAGCAGCAGGAAUUGGCCCACUCUGCUGAGCUGGAGACCAUCGUGAUGGCCUUCUCCCGCUUCUGCCUCGUCCUGGCCCCUGAGCAUGAGCCCUCGGAGCUGCAGGGGCUCCGAGCGCAGUGUGUCUGCCUCAGCGGCCCGCUGCAGGUGUGGAACCAGCGGUUCCUGAGCUGCCAGAAGGGGCUGGGCAAGCGGCAGGCGUGUGGGGCCUGCCUGCACCCUCGCAUGGAGGGCUGCGAGCAGCUCCUGUUGGCCCGUGCUUUGUGGGGUGGCCCAGCUGGUGCCGUGUCCUGGGAGCCCCAGGCCGGGAGCUCGUCCUCACCUGCAGUAGCAAGUGCAGUGAAUGGUGAUCUGCAGCCUGCCGAAGCCCCGGUGUCGUUAAACCACCCGGGUCUGCACAAACAAGACAGCGUGAUGGAGUCUGAGCUGCUCUUGGUGAAGAACGAGAUACCCUUGAGAAUGGAGGACCAUGGCAAAGGGCCAGGAAGGAUGAAGAAUAAGGAAAAACUACUGGAAGAUUGUCAGCUGUGGAAAGUUGGUCUCAUAAGUCAGGUGAAAGAGCUUCAAGAAAAGUUGAACCGUCUGGUGUAUUCUGUGAACUUCCAGAACAUCGAGACAGAGGAUUUCAAACAUCAGCAGCUGGUGGCAUCUUCACAUGCUUUAGAAAAUAGUUCGAGUGAUAGUUCUAGUCACAGUGAAGGAACUGGCAAAUCGCCUCUUGUGGAUGCGUUUCAUAGCGACAAAACCACGUGUGAUCUAAUUGACCUUAGUGGAAGUCAGGAUCCACUGAUAAAAAAUGAAAUGUCAAAUGUUGCCAUGGAAGAUGAGGUUGACUUGCAGGACGGAUCACUUUGUUUACAAGCAGGCUUCCACGCUGGCUGCCAUGAUCUAACCCAUACGGAGGGGCCUGGGCCCUUGAAGAACACACUCAGGGCAGUGGAUCUGUCCUCCUGGAGCUCCCCGGAGGUUGUCAGGAAGGACUCAACUCUUGAGCCUGUGCCCAGCCUGCCCCUGACACCAUGCUCGGACGCCCUGAGCUUGGAUGCCUCCCUGCAGGACAGGACCAGUGCCUCGGUCCAGGCUGACCAGUUGGAGCUGCUUUGGUCCCUGGGCGGCUCAGCAGCAGGAAAGGCCUCCAGGUGGGCAGAGUCUCCAUUGGCUGCAGACAGAGCUCCCUCUGCUGACCAACAUGUGCAGCGGAUGGCUGUGGAGAAAGAUGUUGAAGACUUUAUCGUAACAUCUCUUGAUGCUCAAGAAAAGCCCAGAUCCUCUCCUCUCGGGUUUGAAGGAAAGAACAAUGGAAGUGAAAACAGUGAUGGCUCGGGGUUUGGAAAGAUACUAAACCAAGGUUUGGGAAGACUCGAAACCCCCACCGCUAGUCCUCCAGUGCCGCCUCCCACCUCUGGAAGGUUCCGACGGCCGCUGGAAGCUAUGAAGGAGAAGGAAGUGCAUCCGAAACAAGUGAAGGCUUUGCUGCAGAUGGUGUGUGACGAGAGCCACCACAUACUGGCCUUGUCCGAGUGCCGCGGGCCGCCCGGCGCCCUGAGCAAGGGCGAGCCGAGUGCCCCCCUUGAGCACUUCCCGAGGGAGGGCCCCGGCCUUUUGGAGGUGGUGCCGGCCCUGCGGAGACAUCUGAACCUAGCACCCCAAAAGGGAGAGAAGGACCCUCCCGGCAUGUGUCUUGACUGGAGAGGAGAAUUUCUCCAGGUUGUGCAGGAGGCAUUUGGAAAAGAGCGGGAGAUGCUGAGGGCCGAGCUGCAGCCCCAGCCCUGCGGCUCUGAGCCCAGGGACCACAGCUCCCUGCUGGAGCGGCUAGAGAAGGUGGUCCAGCAGCAGGUGAGUCUGCAGGAGGAGUCCUUGGAGCACCUUCGCCUGUCAGACAGGAGCAGCUUGCUGUCCGAGAUCCAGGCUCUGCGCGCCCAGCUGCGCAUGACCCACCUGCAGAGCCAGGAGAAGCUGCAGAAGCUGUGCGCGGCGCUGACCAGCGCAGAGGCCCGUGGGAGCCAGCAGGAGCACCAGCUGCGCAGGCAGGUGGAGUUACUGGCAUAUAAGGUCGAGCGGGAGAAAUGGAUGGCAAGCGAAGUUCAGAAAACCCUGCACGAAGAGCAGGAGAAAGCCAGCAGCGUUCGGAAGCUCCUGCUGGUGGAGCAGACCGUCGUCAGAGACUUGAGGUCCGAGCUCCACGAGCGUGAGCAGGACAACGAGAGGCUGCUGGCCUCCCUCAGUGAGGCGCAGAAGGAGGUCCUCCAGCUGAGGUCCGUGCUGGACAGUAAGGAGAGCGACCUGAAGGCGGCCCUGCAGGAGCUGGAGUGCGAGCGCGGGAAGGAGCGCGCCCUGCAGAGCCGGCUGCAGGAGGAGCAUCUGCAGCACCUGCAGAAGGAGGGCCAGAGCUCCAAGACCCUGGAGGAGUUGAGAGUAUCCUUGGAGAAGCAGUGUGCUCAGAGUAAUCGACUCUGUGUUGCGCUGAAACACGAGCAGACGGCGAAGGACAACCUCCAGAAGGAGCUGCAGAUCGAGGCCUCGCGCUGCGAGGCGCUCUUGGCGCAGGAGCGGGGCCAGCUGUCCGAGCUGCGGCGGAGCCUAGAGGCCGAGAAGGGCCGGUCGCUGGAGCUGGCCGCGGCUCUACGGCAUGAGCGGCUGCUGACGGAGCAGCUGAGCCGCGGCGCACGGGACCCGCCGGCACACCACGCUGUGCUGAGGAGACUGAAGGGCGAGAAGUCCCGCGCGGCGGAGCUGCAAGCCAGGCUGGAGCAGGUGGACGUGCAGAAGCGCUGUGCGGAGCUUGAGAGGGAGAAGGAGCGGGAGUUGGAGUUGCAGCAUCAGCGAGAUGAGCACAAGAUCCGGCAGCUUCAGCGGACGGUCCAGGCCCUGGAGGCGAAGGCGGCUGCUCGCCAGUCCCCAGAGGCCGAGUGGCUGCAGGAGGAACGGCACAGCCUGGAGAAGGUCCGGCAGCAGCUGCUGUGUGCUGCCGGGCUCCUGACCAGCUUCGUCAGCCAGAUGGUGGACAGGACAAUUAGUGAUUGGACAUCAUCGAAUGAGAAAGCAGUGAGCUCCUUACUGCGCACGUUAGAGGAGCUCAAGUCUGACCUGAGCGCGCCCAGCUCCUCCCAGAAAAAGAUGACAGCAGAGCUGCAGACCCAGCUGGUGGACGUCCUCCUGAAAGACAACGACUCCCUGACGAGAGCCCUGCGCACGGUGACGCAGGAGAAGGCGGACCUGCGCCGGGCGGUGUCGCAGCUGGAGGCGUCCCUGAAGCAGCACCUGCUGAAGCGCGGUGUGUGGACUAGACCGGACAAGUCUGCGUGGAAGCAAGACGGGGCAGUCUCGCAGAGCUCAGCAGGACAGCCAGACCCAGCAGUGCCCACGCCGGCCGCAUGCGAGGAGGGAAACACCUGCAGCGUGCACAUGGAGAAAUUGUACCUGCAUUAUUUGAGAGCAGAAAGCUUCAGAAAAGCUCUGAUUUAUCAAAAGAAGUAUCUUUUACUAUUGAUUGGUGGAUUCCAGGACUCUGAACAAGAAACGCUCUCCAUGAUCGCCCAUUUGGGAGUAUUUCCUUCCAAAGCAGAUAAGAAAAUUACCACAUCUCGCCCUUUUACGAAGUUUCGGACUGCCGUCAGGGUGGUGAUCGCGAUAUUAAGAUUACGUUUCUUGGUUAAGAAGUGGCAAGAGGUAAAUCGGAAAGGAGCCGUGGUGGCAGGCCGAGCGCCCCGUCCAGCGGUUGCGGGGGAAGGAUUCCCGGCACCACGGCAGCAGCCUGCACCCAAAACCAGCACCUCCCCGCCAGCCCGGGACGCGUCCUCCAGCCACGCCGGGGACCGCGGGCCCAAGGCCUCCCCGUGCAGGAGGGAGAGAUCCACUCCAUCCCCACAUUCAAGAUCAGAAAGAUCCCUGACUGCUUCUCAAGAUCCUGAACAUUCCUUGACGGAAUAUAUUCAUCAUUUAGAAAUGAUCCAGCAAAGACUGGGCGGAGCGCCUCCAGAUUCCGCUUCGAAGAAAUCCUGCCGCCAGAAGAUUACACAAUGAAUAAAAUCCCUGUGGCUCUUACCUGUGACAGUUCUAUCUGAGGGAAAGAUUUGUUUUUUCCCUUUCUCCAAGGAAGGCUCGUGGCAUGGCGUGGCAGGCAGCGCCCAGUCUCCUUGCGAGCCCGAGAUGCCAGCCCCCAAGUGCCGCUCAUUAAGCAUUCUCCUCUUUUUGCAAUGCUACAAAGCCAAAUGGAGUAUCUUCUGUAACUUCUGUGUGUUUUAGCUCCUUCCUUCACAAGGUGACGUGUGCGCUCGUGCAUGACGGGCGCCUGCCCAGCUCCGUGCGUGUGGCCGAGCUGCCCUGCUCGCCUCCAAGAAGUGAGCAGAGACUGGCUUCCCUGUUGUUUAUUUUCUUAAAGUGUACAGAUGGGAACUUGGUUUAAAAACAAAAACACACCAAAAAGAAAAAGAAUAA